AAUUUAUUUAUUUUUUUUUAUCUCAGAAAUUUCGUAUUUUAUUUUAGUUAUUUUAGGUUUUAUUUUACAUCAGCAGACUUCAUUCGCAAUAUUUUCCCAUUCAUUGUUGUCUUCAUCUGAGAUUUUAUUUUUAUAUUUUUUUUAAAAAAAAGCACUCGGCGGAAGUUGUGUGCUUUAUUUUGAUAAGCUUGACGUCGGUGCCGCCGCUGGCCUCUGCCAUCCCGUUAGGAGUUAACCGUUAACCGUCCACAGGAGCCCGAGACACCGUCCAGGGAUGAGACGGGGGACAAAAGGAGACGACGCUCACCGGAAAAAGUUUACGAAACUCAUCUGUAGGAGUUCUACAAUGAUUCUCGCGCCGAAGUGGUGGAUUUUCGUCGUUUGUUUGGCAGGUGUCUUCCCUACGUCUUGCUCAGGUGUUCAGGUGUUUGUGAGAGACGAGAAGAGGUAUGCGGUGCUGUUUCAGUCGGUGGUUCUGCCGUGUCAGUACACCAGCGUGUCCACCCAGACCGCUGUGGUGCAGUGGGUCUACAAGUCGUACUGCCGCGACCGCACAAGGGACUCGUUCAGCUUCUCCGACAGCCUGAGCGGAAGCCUGGGAGGAGGUGGGCUGACGAGUGGAACCGGAGGAGUCAGUGGAGGCUAUGAGACGGGGAUGACGGCGAAUUACCUCGACUGUUCUGACAACAGCCGGACUGUGCGAACUGUGGCCUCCAUCUCAGGGUCCUCGGUCACGCUGUCCGAGUACUACAAGAACAGAGACAUCUCCAUCAUCAAUAAAGCUGACUUGCGUAUGGGAGAGGUCCAGUGGGGAGACAGUGGAGUAUAUAUCUGCAAAGUUGUUAUAUCUGAUGAUCUAGAGGGACAGAAUGAAGCCUCGGUAGAGCUGCUGGUCCUUGGUUUCUCAGGUGUGCCUGAAGAUCUCCUGCCAGAUUUUGAUUUGAAGAUUAUGCCAGAGUGGGUGUUUGUGGUGGCGGUGGCACUUGGCAGUGUGUUAUUCCUGCUGUUGGUUGGGAUUUGUUGGUGUCAGUGUUGUCCUCACUCCUGCUGCUGCUACGUCAGCUGCUGGUGCUGCCCCGACACAUGCUGCUGCCCCAGGCACCUUUACGAGGCAGGAAAAGGUAUAAAGACGGGCACCUCCACCCCUCAGACGCCUGCCUACCCUCCAUACUUUGUCACUGGUGUCCCAUCCAUGGUCCCCAUUGCCCCUCCAUCCCUGGUGGAGAAUAUGUCUUCUGCCCCACCCUCAGAUGGCAGCCUACUCACAGCAGUGCCGAUGCAUGCUGUAGGGGUUCCCUACCGCGUGCCUACGCCUCAGGAUCAGGAUUCUCUCAGGGUGCUACAGUAUGUAGAGAAACAACUGGCUCACUUCAACCCUUCCAGGUCCAUCAGCCACCAGUCCUGUAGCCUGUCUGAGCUGAGCUCCCUUCACGAGGGAGAAACUGGCUUCCGCCAAACUUACCGAAACGUUCAGAAGAAAGCGCUGCCGGCCAUUCCGGAUCAUGACGCCCAGCCGGAACCGCAGCGCUACCGUGACAACCGCAGCCCAGAGCCACAGCGUUACCGUGAUGACCACCCAUCACCCCGUCGUUACUGUGACGACCCAGACUCAGAGGCCCGCCGCUGCCAGGAAGAGUCACUUCCUGCGCGACGGUACAGCGAUGACCCACCAUCCUCCAGCUCUCAGUCGCGCAGACAUAUCCGGAAUCAACAGCAACCCAAUCACAGUGAGGAGGACAACACCAAAAGGUGGAACCCUCGCUCAGAACAUCUGCAGAGAAAGACGUACCAGACUGCAGGACGGACCGGCUCCCUGGAUGAGCUGGAAGAGUUUGCUGUGUCUUACAAUCAGAGACAAGGCAGAGGAGCAGAAAGAAGGGAAGAAGAACGAGGAGAUUAUGAGAUGGAGCUACAGGACUACGGUCGAUAUCCUUCUUACCGCAACGGUCCGCCACAGCAUUAUCACGGUAAUGAAAAUGAGUUUGGUGACAACAGUGACCAUGAAGAUUAUCGUGCACGGAACAAGAAAAACGGACAUAACAUAAGCCCACUUUCUUCACCCAAUAAGAAGAGUGGCACCGGGGACAAGGACCGCAAUGUCCCUCCCCCUCCCAGAGUAGGUCCACCAUCAACCUCUUCACAAGAAAAGGACUACGAUGCUACGUUUCUGAACAGUCUGCUGGACCGUAAGGCUAAGUUGCGAGGGGUUAGCCAGGGGAAGAAUGGGACCCGGGGUGAGGAAGAUUCAGACACGCCUUCAAAAGGCAGCUCGAAAAAGAGCAGCGGGGAAUCUAGUCGGCACUGCAGCCGCUCACCUAGUAACAGACUGGAUGCAGAGUCGCUGCCUCCCUACUCAGAGCCAGAGCGAAGCAGAGCGUCUCCACGGACGCUCCCGGCAAACUCUCGCUGGGAGCGGCCCACUCACAGUCCCAGCAUCUCUCCACCGCCGGUCCACUCCCUCCCUGGUCGCAGAGAGGAUCCCAGAGACAAGUCCCGAAAAGUGGUCAGAUUCAGAUGCUACCAGAAUGAAAACUAGAGCACUCUUCUCAGCCGAGAUUCCCUCAUCGUCUGACCAACUCAAAGCCGCAGAGACUGAAAGCUUCAAGUGGACGGAGCGUGGGGAACUGCAUGUCAGCUGAUAAGAUACGAUGGAACCGAUUCUGAGAGCAGAUACUCAAAACUUAGGGAUCAUGAGAAACAUUAAGGAGAGCUUAGAAGAAGACAACAAGCAAACAUUUCCUAUCAAGACUUGAGCUUUCUGCCUGUGACAUUGUUGACUGAUGAAGCCACUUGCUGUGUCACAUAUACAUACUGUAUAUUUCAGCAGGACUAACACGUAGCUAAUGUGAUCAGAGCGCAUGUCCUGGACCACCCCUGACAGGACGCGGUCAGUGUCACCCCCCGUCCCUUUAGAAAAGGCUCUGAAGCAGAGACGCUUUACGCUUCCAGCACAGUGAGUGCAUUCAUUUCCAUUUGAUGAGGUAUGUGCAUUAAAGAAGCACAGUUGUAGACGGUAUAUGACGACAACAUCAUUGUAAAUGUGAGUUACUGUACUCCAGCUACAGUUAAGAAUACAAUACGCACACUGUGUCAUUCACUUACGUUGUAAGGGACUAAAGGCGUUACAGUAAAACUUUAAUGUUUUACAAAAGCUAGAUGUAGUAACCAACAUUAACAAAUGUUUAUUUGUUUAAAUGGGACCUAAGUGUAAAUUUGUUGGAUCAACAGCUGGUCUUUAGCAGAUGGGUUCCUCCAUAUGAGCUGGGUUCUGCUUAUAUGGAGCAGAUCUUCUUGUUAAAAGGGAGUUUUUCCUUGCCACUGUCGCCCUCAGGCUCGCUCUGGAGUUUGCAGGCUGGUUUUCGUAAAGCGUCUUGAGAGAAUUUGUAUUGUUAUUGGCGCUACAUAAAUAAAUUCAAUGGAGACGAAAAUGGAGCUAAAAUUAGAGUGAAUGUUCCACUUAAAUCCCAACAUUUGGACAAUAGUCCUACUUCAAAUAGAUGCUCAACUCACUCUGUAUUUUCCUGAUGUGUAAAUAAGCAACUAUGCAAAAACAAUGAUGUGUGUUUAAAGCUUCUUCUGAAGUUGCCAAAAAUCAGUUUACAUUAACUAAAUACUACUAGAGUAAAGUGACAUUCAUACAUGCAGAUGAGAUGGGUAACAUACAGUCUAAUCAAUAUAUCAACAUCUUUAAAGCAUUGUAAGAUGAUAUAAGACUAAAAAAAUAAGGCUGAAUAAUAUAUUUUUACCUGUUUGGAUCAGUGCAGAUCAGAAAACAGCAAAUAUUAUUAAAUAAUAAAGUGUCGACUAAGGGCUCUGAUCCAAUAAGAUUCAUAUUUAUAUCAGCAUUUGCAGUCGUGAUUCAGUUAAGGUUCUUCUGAAUGAUGCAGUGAUAUUGUAUUUUCUCCUUGUUUUUAGAAGUUUUCUUCUGUUCAAACAUUUUAGGAUAAAUUUACCUCUGAGAGACUAAAACCUGGUCAUGUUUUGUGUUUUUAUAAACUGUCACUUACCCUUUAAAAGAUUUUUGUACUACUUUUUAACAUGUAAACUCAAACUAUUUAUGUGUGUGGUGAGAUUAUCAUUGUAAUUUGUAAAUGAUUAUGUUUGUCUCUGCACUCCAGUGUGACCGUGUACAUAAGAUGAAGUGUCUUUGAUUCGAACACUGUAAUUCAGCCUUAGCUUAUCGUCGUGGCUGCUGAGUCAACAGCACAUCAAGCCUGUUAUCAACAGCCACGCGCACACGUUAAGAUAACCACACACUAGCCUGCUACUGUUCGGACCAGUCGUAGCACUCGUUUUGUUCUGACAGUACGUUGUACAGUAUUUAACUGUUCCUGCCUUCAUGCUGCACAGGCUUGUUUUUAGACAAGUGUAAUAAUUUCAGUGUUAAGAUUUUUCUUCCAUUGUGUUUUCUGCUGUUUGGUACUGACAAGUGUGUGUGUGUGUGUGUGGAGUCAGAGAGCAAUGACUCUUUAUUUUACUCUGUAAAGGAGACAAUGUGUGAUUGAGUAUGACUCACGUCUUUGUUCAUUGUUGUAAUCACAGACUGCCUGUCUUGACUACACAGCUGUGUCAGAACGUACAUAUCAGUUCUGCCAACUCAGCCGCAGGUCGUUGCUCUGUUUGUCAUCCACAUGAAGAAUCUGCCACAGCAACAAGUUUUUAUCUGGAAUUGUGCAACAGAUAUCGAAUCAAUUUGUUCUUAACGUCUUCUCAACAAAUAAACUUGGCAAAAAACACAAGUCCCACGUGUUGUCUGAAGCUGUGGUGCUCUGGACGUUCGGGUGACCUGCUUUGAACGACACAGACGAUGAUGUUGCUCUUCCAUGCGAUUUCAUGCCUCCACUUUAACGAAUGGAUUCUAAUCUAACAAUCCUCCACUAAAUCUCCCUUCAUGCCUCUUAUAAUGUUCUGUUUAUCUCGAAACAGCGUCUGAAAGGUGGUGAUUCAACUGUGUGUUCAUGUUGGAAGAUGUAGUUUUUGCUGCUGUUUGACUGUUCAAUUAAACGCAAAGGUGUUUCUGAUACAACUGAAUGCAAUUCAAUAAUACUACAAACCACAGCCUCCAAAAUGAAAACACAGUUGAGUCAACAGGUCGAUACAAUAACACAAGCAUGAACUUAAGAUUUAGUGCAAGACUGUCUAAUUAAAAUCCACUUGUUUUCAUUAGUGUACCUAAUAAACUGUCAGGUUUAGCACAUAUUACUUGCGAGAGUUUCUUUUGAAUAAAUCAAAAAUAUUUACCAGAAUACUUUGA